AUGCAAAAGUCUUCAACCCGCCAUCUAAUAAGAAGGUCUCUACCCAAAUGGAUUCUUCUCGAUACUGUUGCAUGUGCACUUGCGAUAACGACUGAGGAUGAGCGCUUACUUUCCUUGCGACAUCCGGUCCAUCUGUUGCCAAGUGACUUUUGUAUUCAAUGUGGGUCCUUUGAUCAGAUCCAACCGUUCACAUUCAAGCCCAUACCAAUCGAGGGUUUAUUCGAGCACCUACCUCCUCCAUCAGUUACGAAAAGCGAACGGUCGUGCUGCAUCGGUGAAUACAUUUCCGAGGCUGGCGAAUCGUCCGGCACCCUGCAUCGAUAUCAAAAUUGUAGUCGAGUGGUUGCACGACGUGAUGAGAAUGUGUUUGAGAAGGAGAGAAGGAACGUCGAAAUUCUGAAGAUCCGAUUCGGAGAAGCUACGCUGCAAGUGUGUGAGGUCAUGCUGAAGGACAUGACAGAUUGGAAGAGAAUUGAUGGGCAUGUCCAAUCUCAGAAAGCUUCAAACGUACAUCCGACAAUUAACAUUUUUGGCCUGCGCUUGAAUCAAGUGACAUGGUCAUGUCAGGACAGUUCCAGCGACUGCAGGACCUAUAUGCGCAAGAAUUCAGUAUUUUAA